AUUUUGUUGAGACCAAUAUUUAGGGGUCUGGAAAUUUGUUAGGGUUCUUUAUCGGGGGUGGGUUUAGGGUUGGCUACAACAAUAAACCAAAUCAAUAUACUACAGAAUGUUUUUUUGGGGGAGGGGGGGACUUCCCAUUUUUUUCGGGGGGCUGAAGCCCCUAAAAUAGGUAAAAGUGUAGUGCUUAAUAGAUGUCAGGGUAUCGCAGAAGACCUCAGUAUAGCUAAAAAUUGUAAUCUUUUUGUUCAGGGCUGUUGAGACAUUCCAAAAAGGGACUGCUAGAUUUGCUAACACGCGUCACGUGUGUACUUUUACAGUGGAGAGCAUGAUAAGUAAUGAUAAGUAAGAAUAUGUGAGGGAGUAUUUUCUUCUUUUUUUAACAGUGUACGUUUCUCACUUAUUUUAACACUAGUAAUUGACUGUACAGUUUCUGAAGGUUUUAGACGGCAACAGUUUGACCCAACAACAACAACAACAAAAUCUGUGGCACCAGUCAUUUAUUGUUUAUAUUUUUAGAAAUGUUUUUUUUCUUGUAUACUGACAUUUUGCCAUCAUUAGUUAGUGAUGAAUAGUAAGAUGCCAGGCAAAGUAUAUCAUUUGUUGUCCAAGACGGUAAAUAGUGUUGUGGCCUCGUCUUUUCCUGGUUUUGUUUGGUCCAAGGGUUAGCUUAAACCUUGACACAUCGCACCCUGACGCACUCAUUAUCGUUUUCAAGUUGAUUAGCACAAUAGAGUUGAAAUCAAAAUGCAAAUCAAAAUGAAACUAUUUCAGUGUACUUUGGUUCAUAUUUAAUGUAGGGUCUGAACACCACUCUGCUGAAAGCUCUUGUUUGAAUGUAAUUCUUCUUUUAAUCGCUUUUAUAAAAAUUUUCUUACUGUUUUCCUUUGUGACAGGGUUCGACUGGCCUGAAAAUUCACUAAUUUGUGUGCAUCCAGGUGAAGUGUACUGUGUUCACAUCAAUACCGUCACACCCACCCUUGAUAGGCAAAAAUCUGAGAUAUUGUAUAUAGAAACGCUAUUUCUUUUUAGCUUAUGCUUCAAACAUAUAGCGUACUUGAUGAAAACAUCAUUUUUAAACUAUUCCUGUUCAGCCAUUCCCACUCAAGAGGAGGCAAAGCAUGCUUGUUUCAAGCUAAUUUCCAUCCAAGUUGCCGUUUAUCGUUAAACUGACACACCAAACAAAAGAGAGUUGAUUACUGUGCUGUACUGUAUGUUUAAAAAUCAAAAAUCCUCACACAAACCAUACAAUUUUGUCUACGUUAAGUCUGCUAAGGUGAAUUCUAACAAUGUCAAAUGGCAUCGCUACUGCUUAUAAAAAAAUGAACGUAUUGUUAUGGUAAUUAUCUUCUUCUUUUCCUUUCGGCUUUUCCCGCCACAGCGUGUCAUCGUUUUCCAUCUAAAUCUGUCUCAUGCAUCCUCCUCUCUAACACCCACUGUCCUCGUGUCCUCCCUCACCACAUCCAUCAACCUUUUCUUUGUACUUCCUCUCGCUUUUUUGCCAGGCAGCUCCAUCCUCAGCCCCUUUCUCCCAAUAUACUCCCUCUCUCGCCUCUGGCCAUGUCCAAACCAUUGAAGUCUGCUCCCUCUAACCUUGUCUCCAAAACAUCCAACUUUGGCUGUCCCUUUAAUGCACUCAUUUCUAAUCCUAUCCAACCUGCUCACUCCGAGCGAGAACCUCAACAUCUUCAUUUCUGCCACCUCCAGUUCUGCUCCCUGUUGUUUCUUCAGUGCCACCGUCUCUAAUCCGUACAUCAUGGCCGGCCUCACCACUGUUUUGUAAACUUUGCCCUUCAUCCCAACAGAGACUCUUCUGUCACAUAGAACACAAGACACUUUCCGCCAACUAUUCCAUCCUGCUUGUACGCGUUUUCUUCACUUCUUUAUCACACUCACCAUUGCUCUGUAUUGUCGACCCCAAGUUAUUGUUAUGGUAAUUAUGAACCUUAAAAUAACUGCAACUUUAACGCGUGUAGAGCGGUGACACAUACGAGCACAGUGUGCAGCAGUACCUGCACACGUAUAUUCGCGUAUUCUUUACCCUUGUGGAAAUAUUAAAACAGCAAAAUUGGAUCUUGUCAAAAUCUACACAACUUUGACUAAAUUUCGUGGAAAUGUCUAUUAUGAUGAACGAAAACGUCUAUGUUGAAUAGAAAGUUAAAAUGAGCAGUUAUAAGCUGUCAAGUUAUUUUUGCAUGGCGUAAAAGUUUCAUGAUUGUUUUCGCCUCCUUUUUUUUUUCUUAUGCUAAUGAUUAAGUCAAACAAUAAAAGCAAGUAAGUAAGGCACACCGGGCGUGACCCUGUUACAAAGUCCAGCAGUGCCACAUCCCACGUUUAUCUCGUGUUAUCUGGAUGCCAUUGGCGGUGUGAUCAGACGUACUACUGUCCUUCCCCGUUAUUUUUCAGUGUACAGUUUCACUACUCAGUGAAAGUGCUGCAAAAAAAUAAAUAAAUAAAGCUGCUUCUUCAUCUUUCAUAUCAUUUUCACAUCCCAUUGUUAGCGCCUCUGGCCUAAGUCAUGUGACCGGUUUGUGACAGCAUGGCAAAGACUCGUGGACUUUGUCUCCUUUGAGUACAACUGUCAUCGUUCAUCAGUAUAUAUAUGCAACGCAAUCAGCAGGCAGGCCAGUCACAUUUGACAAAGGGACACACAACCGCACAAGAGUAGCAGUCAUGAGGAUUUCUCUUUUGCUCGCUUUGGCUGUGAUUUCUGGCUGCAAUGGCAACCUCUUCCACGCCGACGCCCCCAAGCCUCCGAUGGAGGCUCUGACGGACGCCUUCUGGGACUACAUCGCAAAGGCCAGCAAGACCGCCGACGACACCCUGGAGAUGGUGAUGAAGUCGCAGUUCGGGGCGGAAGUCAACGCUCACCUGGCCAAGACCGCCGACGUGGCCAGCAGGUACGCCAGUACCUUGAAGGAAAAUCUUCCCUUGGCCGCCCAGGGCCUGAUGGCCAAGAUCAGCGCCGAAGCCGACGUCUUGAGGAACGUGGUGAGCCAGGACCUGAGCUCAGUCGGCAAAAAGGUCGAGCAGUACUCCGACACCUUGAAGUUCCAGAUCCAGGAGAAGGUGGACCAGCUAAAGCAAGAACUGAACGCUUACGCCGACAACGUGGAUUCGGAUGCCCUGAAAGCCACAAUCGUGCAGAGCAGCGAGGAGCUGAUGACCGGACUGCAGCGCAGCAUCGCGGAUCUGGAGAGCAAGCUGGGGCCCUACACGGAGGACUUAAAGAGGCAGGUUGACGAGCACCUGGUGGCCUUCCAACGCAACAUCGGCCCCAUGACCUACAGGUUCCAGGAUGAGCUGAGCUUCAGGAGCAGAGAGGUCCAACGCAUGGUGGCGCCCUAUGCCGAAGACCUGAAGGAGAGGUUGGACCAUUUUACAACGGACCUCCAGCAACAGCUCAGGGCCCAAUACGACUCCUUGAUCAACUAAAUGAAAUGUUUCCCCGAUUCAACUGUCGCUCCAAUCCCAUUUGUAUUUAUUUCUUAGUUCAAUUGUGCAACAAAUGCAGUAUUUAUUGUUUUUAAGUCUGUUGCUGCUGAUAAUGUUUUUUUUUCUAAAGAAAAAUAAACACAAUUCU